GCUAGGUUUUAAAGAGAAUGUAACCAAGCUGAAUUCACUGAGGUGGUGAUUUCAGUCAGUGCAUUGGGUCUUAACAUUUAACGGGCCCUCCAUGGCCUCAGGGCCUUGAGACCAGGGGCCAGGUGCAGGAGCCCAGUUUCUAGCUGUGGGGGUACUUCAGGUGGGAAGGGGACCUCAUUCUAAUUGCUGAGGCAGUGCCACUAAGGACCCUGGGCUGGGUGUUGGGCUAAGGUAUCUGGUGGUAGGUUCUAGAGCAGGUCCGGAGGCUGCGACUCACUCACAUGAAUGAUAAACUUCUGGAUUAAUACUAUUUCUGCACUCAAACAUCUGAUGAAGACAUCCAGAGCUAUGUUCCCAGGCUAAGCCUUGUCUCACUGUUCCACGAAGUGUGAGUCAUGGGGAAGGGCUGAUAAGUGUCUCUGAGCUUCCAGGACCCAGCCCACAACUGCUGAGGAAGCCUCACAGCUGGCUGUGCACAAGUGGGAACAUCCGUGUCUAUGUGAAAGUGCCUGUCUGCCUCUGGGUCCUUGCUUCUGUGUGUGCCUGUCCCCGCCUCCUGGCCACCAAGCAGAGGAGGGGAAGCUGAAUAAGCUGAGGUCCACGCUGCUGCCUCUGCUCCAGCUAGGAUGUGGCUCUUCGACACUCUGCUCUACAUAACCAGCCUUGCUCCUCUGGUGGCCUUCAAUGUAGAUGAGGCCCAGAUCUGGGUGACUCCUGAGGGAGACACACCCUAUGUGCUCAGCUCCCUUCUGCACCAAGACCCCAGCACCAAGAAGACCUGGCUCCUGGUCACUGGCCCUCAAACCAAGGAGGAAGGAGGCCUCCUGCAUUGUUGUUCCCUCAUCCAAGAUAAGAUCUCUUGCGAAAGAAUAGAGACUGUCCCCAUCCCAAAGGGGAGGUACCGGGGAGUGACAGUUGUUCGGAACCACCACAGUGUUUUGAUCUGCAUUCAAGUGCGGACCCCGCAGCCCCACAGUCUCAGCUCAGAACUCACAGGGACCUGCAGCCUACUAUCCAACAACUUCCAAAACCACACCCAAGUCCACUUCUCCAACCUUGAAAACCUGGAUCCCAGUGCACACGUGGAUGACAGAGACUGCUACAGGAACAAGAAAGGCAACACAGAGAAGCCAGCCAGGUGGCGCCGGGCUCUGAAGAUACAGGAGGAGGAGGAGGAGGAGGAGGAAGCUGGCACUGAGAUUGCCAUCAUCCUGGAUGGCUCGGGAAGCAUUGACCCCCCAGACUUCCAGAGAGCCAAAGACUUCAUCUCCAACAUGAUGAAGAACUUCUAUAAGAAGUGCUUUCAGUGCAGCUUUGCCCUGGUGCAAUACGGGGCAGUGAUCCAGACUGAGUUUGAUCUUCGGGAUAGCCAGGAUGUGAGCGCUUCCCUCGCCAGAGUCCAGAACAUCACUCAAGUGGGGAGUGUCACCAAGACUGCUUCUGCCAUGCAGCAUGUCCUAGACAACAUCUUCACGCCAAGCCACGGCUCCAGAAAAAAGGCAUCCAAGGUUAUGGUGGUACUCACUGAUGGGGACAUAUUUGAGGACCCACUCAACCUCACUACUGUCAUCAAUUCCCCAAAGAUGCAAGGUGUUGAGCGCUUUGCCAUUGGGGUGGGAGAGGCAUUUGAGAAGAAUAGGACCUACAAUGAACUGAAGCUGAUCGCCUCAGACCCUGAUGACAGAUACGCCUUCAAGGUGACCAACUACACAGCACUGGAUGGACUGCUGAGUAAAUUGCAGGAGAAUAUCAUUCAGAUGGAAGGCACGGUUGGAGAGGCCCUCCACUACCAGCUGGCACAGAUCGGGUUCAGUGCUCAGAUCCUGGAUAAGGGGCAGGUGCUGCUCGGUGCAGUGGGGGCCUUCAACUGGUCGGGGGGUGCGCUACUCUACGACAUGCACAGCCGCCGGGGUCGCUUCCUGAACCACACUGCAGCGGAUACCGAGAAUGUGCAGUACAGCUAUCUAGGUUAUGCAGUGGCCCUACUGCACAAGGCCUGUGGCCUCUCCUACGUGGCGGGGGCUCCACGGUACAAGCAGCGGGGAGCCGUGUUUGAGCUCCGGAAGGAGGGCAGAGAGACCAACUUCGUGCCAGUACUGGAGGGAGAGCAGAUGGGAUCCUAUUUUGGCUCUGAGCUGUGCCCUGUGGACAUUGACAUGGAUGGGACCACGGACUUCUUGCUGGUGGCUGCUCCAUUUUACCACAUUCACGGAGAGGAAGGCAGAGUGUAUGUGUACUAUCUGAAUGAGCAGAAUGGUUCCUUCUCCUUGGCAUACACUCUGAGUGGGCACCCUGGAUUUACUAAUGUCCGGUUUGGCUUUGCCAUGGCAACAAUAGGGGAUAUCAGUCAGGAUAACCUCACAGAUGUGGCCAUUGGGGCCCCCCUGGAGGGUUUUGAGGCAGCUGAUGGCAACAGCUUCGGCAGCGUGUACAUCUACAAUGGACGCCAGGAUGGUCUUUCUACCAGCCCCUCUCAGCGGAUCAAAGCCUCAGCGGUGGCCUCAGGACUCCACUACUUCGGCAUGUCAGUGGCUGGUGGCUUAGAUUUGACUGGUGACCGCCUUCCUGACAUCACCGUGGGCACCCUGGGCCGGGCAGCUGUGCUCCGCUCAAGACCUGUGGUUUACCUGAAGGUGUCCAUGACCUUCACCCCUAUGGCACUGCCCAUUGGCUUCAACAGCAGUGUGAAUGCACGUUUGUGUUUUGAAAUCAACCCUAUGACCACAGUUGCUAACUCAGGCUUCAGAGAGACAUUUCUGAACUUCACAGUGGAUGUGGAUGUGGCGAAGCAGAGGAAAAGGCUGCAGUGUUCAGACAAGAGUAAUUGUCAGAGCCACCAUCAGGAGUGGGACACCAGUAUGUCCCAGCUUUGUGAGUCCCUCCUGCUUAUUCCCACAGAGGGAGAGCUCUGUGAGGAGGACUGCUUCUCCAACAUCAGUGUCAGCAUCAGCUACCAACUCCAGACCUCAGAAGGCCAGAGGGACCAUCCCCAGCCCGUUUUGGACUUCUACACUAAACCCUUCACCAUCUUCCAGCUGCCCUAUGAGAAGAACUGCAAGAAUAAAUUGUUUUGUGUUGCUGAGUUACAGAUGGCCACCACUAUCUCUCAGCAGGAAUUGGUGGUUGGUCUCACAAAGGAGCUGACUAUGAACAUUAACCUAACUAACUCUGGGGAAGAUUCCUACAUGACGACCAUAAAUUUGAAUUACCCCAGAAACCUCCAGUUUAAGAGGAUACAAAAGCCUCCUUCUCCGGACAUUCAGUGUGAUGACCCUAAGCCAAAUGCUUCUGAGCUGGCCAUGAACUGCAAGAUUGGUCACCCUGUACUCAAGAGGUCAUCUGCAGACUUUUCAGUAGUUUGGCAGCUAGAGGAGAAUGUCUUUCCAAACAGGACAGCCGAUAUCACUGUGACAGUCACCAAUUUCAAUGACAGAAAUUCUUCAGUCAAACAGAGCCACAGCCUUCAAUUCAAGCAUGCCUUCAUCGCAGUUCUUCCGAAACCUUCAGUGAUGUACAUGAACACAAGCCAGGGGCUUUCUGUCUACAAAGAAUUCCUCUUCAAUAUACAUGGGGAAAAUCUCUUCGGAGCUGUAUUCCAGCUGCAAAUUUGUGUUCCAAUCAAAUUACAAGGUCUCCAGUUUAUAAGAGUGAAAAACCUGACGAAGAUUCAGGCCAACACUAAGUGCAACUCCAGUCUGGAGAAAGAAUGUGGGAAAGACCCCGUUUGGUAUGUGGACCAAUGGUAUUCAGUGAACUGCACCAUCACUUCAAAUAAAGAAAAUGUAACGGUGGCUGCAGAGCUCUCCUUGAAUCAAUCUCAGCAGUUACCAAGAGGUGUAAAUGAACUGCAGAUCCUUGGUGAAAUCGAUUUCAACAAAUCUCUAUAUGAGGGGCUGAAUGCAGAGAACCACAGAACUGAGAUCACUGUCAUCUUCCUGAAAGAGGAGCAUUAUUUGCCUGUCUUCGUUAUCAUUAUUAUAAGCAGUGGUUGUGGCCUUCUGGCUUUGACUCUGAUUAUAAUCAUCCUAUUCCAGUGUGGCUUUUUUAAAAGAAAAUACCAAAACCUGAACUUGGACAACAUAAGGAAGACUCAGCUGAAAUCAGAAAAUCUGCUCACAGAAGACGAUUAGGACCAGCUUCCUCAUCUUUGGGGAAAGAACAUCAACCAGUCUUCGUGUCAUUUUUUUUUUUUUUUAAAGGAUGAUCUAGAGUAGAAUCUAACAAAUUGUUUGAGGAAUAUUGUUUUUUAACCAUACAUUGUACCAAAAGUGCUUGUAUGUUUUGCAGAAAAUAAACUUGGGAAAUAUCUAAUAUUAAAUAAAAUUAAACUGUUUUCUUUA